GUCGUCAGGUUCAGUAGUCCGAUUCGUGUGCUUCCCCGAGCCUUGUCUCCUCGAAUUUCGCCAAAGGCUUGCCUAGGAGGCGUCGGUCCCAGCUUCUCUUCUACGAGAUUUUGUAGUUAUACUUGUCGACUAAGGUCCUCGUAUACUAGAUUCGUGCCAUCGCUAUAGACGUUUCACUCGGUGCUCUGCUUUCUAGUAAUUUCACUACCGUCGCUAUUCAUCUACGUUUUCGCGUGUAACGUCGUCGCCAUGUUCGUUACCGUUCGCAAUGGCCCUGACGACACGCCACAGCCGAUGGCCGUUCCACUGCCUCACUUCGCCGCGCCUCCGGGCAUGGCAGUCGGCCAACACGGCCCCGCACGUCGCGUGGUCGUCGCACAGCCUGCCUUCGUCGCACAGCCCCAGUUCGCGAACCCUAGCGACACCGCGAAAACUCUCGACGAACGGUUUCGCGCUCUAUCCGCGCAGCGCAGUCAGGCGGUCCGUCGCGCGGAGGCUAAAGCGCGCCAAGCCGAAGCACGCCAGUCAACACUAGCUGCGCAGAGGAAAGUAGCUUCCCCCGCCGCGCCCUCCGCUCCCCCAUCAGCGUCCGCCCGCGCGGGCGGAAAACAAUCAGGCGGGGGCGGGAGCACUCGCCCCAGCAGCGCUGCUGCGAACGGAUCUAAAUCGAAGGGCAAAUCCGCAGCUGCCACGUCAUCGGCGAAAAAGCCCACCGCGGCCGCAGCAGCACCGGCGGCCCAGCCCAUCCAAUCGCGUCUCACCUUCCCCGGAGGGACGGGCGCCGCGAAGACGGGUGCAACUGGGUCAGGCUCGGUCCGCUCACGCUUAACCUUUCCCGGUAAUCAGCCGCCAGUUCAGGGGGUUCAGGUUCCCCCGAACCUCCGCUUUGCCGUGGGGUCCGGGGCGGCAGGUGCGGGGAGGGGGAGUGCGCGUGGGCGGGGAGCAGCUGGAGCGGGCAGGGGGGGGAUGGUUGGGGGAAGGCGCGGGGCUGCGGUUGUUGCGGCGGGGGGUGUGAGAACGCGCGCUGCUGCUGCUAGGAAUGCGUUUGGGGCGACCAUGUUUGGGCUGGGGCCUAGGGGCGCGGGGAGGCCGGGUACAGUAACCAGAGCGCAGACUGCUGCUAGGGCGGGGGGAAGGGGAGGUGGAAGAGGAGGCGGGCGGGGGAGAGGGGGUAGGGGGGGACGCGGUGGGGAGAAGUUGUCAGAGGUGGAUUUGGAUAAUGACCUGGAUCAGUACAUGCAGCAGGGGUAUGAGGAGCACUAAAGGGUUUGUUUGGUUUGGCUGGUUUUGAGAGGACACUGCAUCCAUCAUGGUUAUGUGAUUGGGUUGGACUGACCUGACUUCACAUCUGGUCUACGUCUUCCAUUGGUUCCUGAAUCCUGAUGAAAACAAUUGUGGUUCGUCCGAUCCGGUAGUUCAACUGUUGCAUUUGGUUUGGCAUGCUGUUUUGCAUAACGAUGCCUUGGGUGACUUGGGAGGUGUUGAGGGAUGCAUUACUUCAACGGGAGGCCAUUACUUCAACGGGAGGAGUAAAACAGUAUUGGUUCAUCCACACUGAUCGUACUUGAAAUAGAGCAACAUUUGUCUGAAUUUCAUUUAUCUCUUGUGCCCAAACUAUGCUGUCUGCCCUGUAGAGCAUUCCCGCUAUGGUAGGGGAUGGAGUGCAUCUGGACCUAAUGGAAAAGAGAGGAGGCUUAUGGGCUAUUUUCACCUAUAGGCUUGGUGUCCUUUGCAUUAGUCACAUUAUAGCUCUAUCAGAUGUAGUACUUCCCAAUUCAAGCUACACCUAACGGUCCCUCCACGUGCUUCCCGCUUUGCCUCAGUGGUGGCCACGUGUUCGCAGUUCGCACCAGCGCCGUGUCCUUUCCAGCUCCCCACCCAAACCAGAUUCGCAU